UUAUUGGCGCUGAUUACAAGCCGAGCGUGAUCUUUGUGGUUCGUCGUCCGCAAUGAGGUAGGUUUUCCGUGGCUGGCUUCUGUUGUCCUUUUAUUGCUACUAAACAAAGCCAACGGGAGAUUCCCGAUCAUCCUUUCCCGUUCAAAAGAAACAACCAUCAUGGCCCCCCUCCCCAACUUCCUCCAACUUAAAUUCCACCAACUGCACCCGAUUGACGUCCAUCUCCCCAUCUCUCAUCUUCAUAUCUUUUCUCCUUGCAUCCAUGAAGCCCUCCUCCACGUCUGUCGAUGGCUUCUACUCCUCCCUGACCCGCGGCCUCGACGACCUCGACCGUUGCUUCGCCUCGAACAGCUUCAUGUCCCUCCAAUUCCUUCAGCAGGCCGUGUCGUUCCUCCGCUCCUUCCACUCCCAGCUCAUCCACCUGGUCCGGAAGCUCCACCUGCCUGUCGGCGAGAAGUGGCUCGACGAGUACAUGGACGAGAGCUCCCGCCUCUGGGAGGCCUGCCAUGUCCUCAAGACGGGAAUCUCCAACAUGGAGAGUUACUGCUACUCCACCGGGGCCGACACCAUUUUCUCGCUCGAGGAUGGCUGCCGCCACCUCCAUCCUCAGCUCACCAGACAGGUAAUGCGGGCGAUAUCAGUCUGCCGGCGAGAAGCUGUGAGACUGGAAGAGGAGAACAGAGUAUUGGUGGAGACGAGGGCCGAGUCCCUCUCGCUUCCGCUCGAUGAGAAAGUCCCAGUGGAAUCCAAGCUCCAUGGAUUCGAUGGAUUCAGGGGAGCUCUCUAUGCUAUGAGGAGCGUCGGCUCUUUUCUCCUCAUGCUCCUGCUUUGGGGAUUGGUCUGCUGGUGGCAAGACCCGAGCUCCAACGGGCUGGCAGCCAUCGAAGGUUCGCUUUUCUUCGGGUCGGGGUUCAUGGUGUCGAUGGCGAGAUUGCAGCAGAGGGUGGUGGGGGAGAUCGGGAGGAUGGACCACCGGCCGGGAAUUCUGAUGUACGAGUUCCGGAGGGUGAGAGCCGGCUUGGAGGAGCUGGAGAGGAGCAGGGGGUGUGAAGCUGGAGGAGGAGGGCUCGGGGAGAGGGUGGAGAGCUUGAAGUUGUGGUUUGGGCUGUUGAGAUCUGGAACUGAGAAUAUUACCGGGCAGCUGGACGACUUUUUCGAUGAGGUUGUGGAAGGGAGAAAGAAGCUCCUGGACAUAUGCAGUCAGAGGUAAAAGGUAAGUAAAAGAGAAUGGCAGCCAUGGGUAAUAGGUUCAGAGAUGGGAGGGUAGGAUAGUUUUUUGGUUUGUCUUUUUUGUUCUCUGUUUCCGUAGCUUUUGUUUUGCUUCCAGUUGCAGUUGAAUGUACUAUAAAGCAAAGAGAGCCAUUGAGAGAUACCAAUGGCAAUAUAUAUA